AUGAGUCAAGAUUACUUUUCGAAGAAGGGCAAAGCCCCGAUGGACCAGGAGCUCGACAGGGAGGAUUCGGACUCACCGCAACAGCCGGUGCCGUCAUCGAGCAGACCACACUACAUGACUGUCGGAUCCGGCUCCACCUCCGUACACGCGGCGCAUCUUCAGAACCUGCUCGACAACGACUCGGGCUACGGUGGUAGCAUCGCUAAUGGCGAGGCUCUGGCCUCCUCGAGUGCCGACCGUCACAUCCCGACUCCCACCAAUGGCCAGCUCUCCGAAGCUGACCGUCGGUCCCAGGCUGGUGCCAUUCACCAGCUGUGGUACAACGCUCACCGGGUGACUCUGGGCCGCUCGAUCAAUAAGGUUAUCGAACUCUUGAAGGAGUUGCAGGAGAUGAAUGUCUCCUGGCCAGCCCAUUAUCCGUCAGUUCAACGAGCCGAGGGUGCUUCGCGACCUGGUUUUGGCCACGCAUACUCGACUGCGGGCGACGUACCUGCCACCGCUUCCUCUGUUCCCUCAUCUCCGACAUCACCUCCCUCGAUUCGACGAUCGCUGACCUCGGUCGAAACCCAUGGCAGUGCUGAGUCGAGCAGGACGCAGGAGAGACGGCCUGCCGAAGAGCCAAGACUUGUUACACCGCAAAUUGCUCAAGACUUUUCCGUCCUGAAACUGGACCUGAAGCUGGGCUCUCUACAUCAAGCGGAGCUCGUCCAUUCGCUGGAAAAGGGCUCUAUUGCGUCUCUCCUGGACGGUAAGAUCAGCUCGAGCAUCCGGCAUCUCCUCAACCUGCGCGAACGGAUCGAGGAUACCUCUAGCAAGGUUUUGGUUACCGGAGAUUUAAACGCUGGAAAAUCGACAUUCUGUAAUGCUCUGUUGCGGAGGAAGGUUCUACCUGAGGACCAGCAGCCGUGUACGGCAAUUUUCUGCGAGGUUCUAGAUGCCAGGGAGAACGGAGGUCUCGAAGAGGUGCAUGCCGUGCAUAAGGAUGCGAGUUAUGAUCGGCACAAUGAAAGCACCUACGACGUCUACAAGCUGUCACAACUGGAGGACAUCGUCAUUGAUAACGACAAAUAUACCCAAUGCAAGGUUUAUGUUAAGGACGUACGCACCAUCGACGAAUCGCUGUUGAACAAUGGUGUGGUGGACAUUGCCCUGAUCGAUGCCCCUGGAUUGAACUCGGACACGACGAAGACGACGGCUGUAUUUGCCCGACAAGAAGAAAUCGAUGUUGUUGUGUUUGUGGUUUCAGCCGCCAAUCACUUUACAAUGACCGCCAAGGAGUUCAUCUGGGCUGCCGCUGCCGAGAAGGCGUAUCUUUUCAUUGUGGUCAACGGCUACGACAACAUCAGAGACAAGAACAGGUGCCAGAAGAUGAUACUCGAUCAGGUCGAAGGCCUCAGCCCGAGGACACACAAGGAGUCGUCUGAGCUAGUUCACUUUGUUUCCAGUAACGCUGUACCCACCGCCCCAGCUCCUCCGGGCGGACCCUUUGGCGAUGGAAGCGGCAGCUCGAAUGGAGGAGGCGGCGGCGGCGAUGACCCUAGUGACGACCCCAAGGGCAAGGGUAAGGAUGUCGAGAAGAUUCGUGAUUUUGAGAAUCUUGAGCAGUCACUGCGCAGAUUCGUUUUGGAAAAACGCGCCAGAUCAAAGCUGGCACCUGCCAAGACAUAUCUUCUCAACAUCCUCAACGAUGUCAAUGUGCUGGCCAGUGUUAAUACAGACGUCGCUCAAUCGGAACUCAACCGCGUCACGAAGGAACUCAAGGAGAUCGAACCUCAGCUUGAAUCAAGCAGAAAGGCGAAGGCUCAAGUUGGUGACGAGAUUGAAAAGAUCACGGAAGAGACGUGUAAGGAGGUCUAUGACUACACGAGGUUGACCCUCAGCUCAGCUAUUGAGCAUUCAGGAGACAACAACCACGGUGUUCCGUACCGGGGACUGUUCAGCGCCUUUGAGUACGCCGAAGAGCUCAAGCAUGCCAUGAUGUCCUAUAUUCAGGAGUCAGUAGCCCAUUGUGAAGAGCACGCCAAGUCAAAGACGGUUGGUGGCGUCAAUGCCAUCAAGCAGCUUGGUAUUCUUCACCUGGGAGACGACUACCAGAACCUGGUUUUCCGUCCCGAUGUCAUGUUCAAGAGGAAGAGGGACUCAAUGGCUCGUCAGGUUGAGAUCCCGACGGAACUAUGGGACUUUGUUGACUGGAACACCAUCGUUCAGAGACAGGAGAAGGUUGCGGGUACGGGUAUGGCCCUCACUGUGGCGGGUGCCCUAGUUCCUCGCAUGAUGGGUGUCAGUGGCUGGAUGGACCACGCGUUGAGCGCAGCCAAGAUUCUCGGCAACGACAAUUUGCGCCGGCUCAUUGUCCCAGGAAUUGUCGCAGCGGCUGUCGCAGCCGCGGCGUACAUACUCAAUCAGAUCCCCAACUCCCUUCCACACCGUCUCUCGACCAAGAUUGCUGCUCAGCUGGAGGCUGUCGAUUAUGUCCACGGCAACUCGACGCGCAUUUCGUCUUCGGUCCGUAAGGUUUUGCGCUACCCCGCUGACAAUCUUCGCGUCGGCCUUGAGCAGUCGGUCAAGGACCUGGGCAACCGGCGUGAAGAGACGCUCAAGGUGCGUCAAGAGAGCGAGGUUGCGCUGAAGUACUUUGGCAACCUCGUCCGCAACAGCGCGCAGCAGAGAUCUGUUGUGCAAGGUGUCGACCUCGACGCGCCCCCGCCAGGUGCCGCCGCUGCUGGACUUCACUGA